AUGGGUAGUAGUAACUGUAUUGUCAAGUUAUUCGAUACCGAAGCAAAAAGAACGUUACAUGAAGUACCGACAGAUAAGUUAUAUCCAAGAAUAACAUCUCUAUGUUGUAGUCCAUUAGGGUCUUCGUUUGUCUGCUCAGCUACGAAACCAAAUAUAUUAAGUGCGGAACAAACCACAUUGUCAGAAUACCACAGUGCAUCAAACAUAAAAGCUGGCAAGCUGUGGUAUUGGGAUAUGAAGACGAUGAAGAUACUUCGUGAAGUUCCAAUAGAAUUACACACUGCUUGUAUAAACAGUACACAAUUUAAUCAUAAUGGGCAUUUACUGGUGACUGGUGGAUCCGAUGGAGCAGUACGAUUAUAUGACAUGCACAGGUAUGACUGUAUAAUGAGUUGGAAAGCUCACAAUGGGCCGGUUUAUUCCGUCCAAUUCAGUCCUGAUGAGAAUUCAGUGUAUAGUAUGGGUGCUGAUGGAAAGUUUAUUAAUUGGAGUAUCCAUGACACAGGAAGGAGAUUGCUUCGUGAUCUCUCUGUACAUGAUGGAGCAACAGGACCAUUUAUUGUGUCUGGUUAUAGCGGUUAUAGACAAGUACAUACACCAAAGGGAAAGUUGUUUGCAUUUGAUGUUGAAGGAUGCCAUGUGUUGACAUGCGCAUCAAAUGGAGGGGUCAUUUACAAGUUAUCAGACAUCGGAUUAUCAAGAACUUUGACAUUACUUGGACACCGUGCACCUGUUGUUAGUGUGGACUGGAGCUCUGCAAUGAAUUGUGGGAUGUGUUUAACUGGAUCCAUGGAUGGCCGAAUCCGAGUGACCACCAUAUUGUCUCAAUAAGCACAUUUGGCAUACUAAACGAGGCUUGAUUCCAUUGAGUGACCACCAUCUUAUACCAAUAAUCAGAGUUGGCAUAUGAAGGCUUGACUCCAUUGAGUGACCACCAUCUUGUCUCAAUGAUCACAGUUGGCAUAUUAAGCGAGGCUCGACUUCAUUUAGUCAUUACCAUAUUGUCUGAAUGAUCACAAUUGAAAAAUAAAAAAUGCUCUAUUGAGUGAA